UCUUGGAGUAGGCGACUUUUAAAAAGCAUCGGCAGCCCGUGAUAUGACGACUUCGCUGGUCCUGCAUCCACGCUGGGCGGACACCUUGAUGUACGUGUAUGAAAAAAGCCCGAAUGAAAAUAUUCAGAAUAAAAGCCAAAUUAUGGAAGGAUUGAGCGGGAAUUGCCCUGCGACUCAUUGCAGGGAACUGAUCUCACACCCCGCGCUGGGGCGGCAUUCCGGCACCAUAGCGACUCACCAGGGAUCCGUGUACUCGGAUAUAUCCUCCCCUGAAGCUGGGCGACAGUGCCCCGCUCCACAGACGUCAUCUAGCGCCUCUCUGAGUUACGGCUACCCCUUUGGAAACCCUUACUACGGUUGCAGAUUAUCUCACUCGCACAAUGUGAACUUGCAGCAGAAACCAUGUUCAUACCAUCCCGCAGACAAAUAUGCCGAGACGAGCAGCGCCUUGCCCACGGAGGAGCUCUCCAGCAGGGCAAAAGAGUUUGCUUUCUACCCGAGUUUUGCAAGCUCGUACCAGGCGGUUCCAGGAUAUCUAGACAUGUCGGUGGUCCCCAGUAUUAGUGCGCAUCCAGAGCCACGUCACGAUGCAUUGAUCCCCAUGGAGGGCUAUCAACACUGGGCUCUGUCGAAUGGCUGGGAUGGGCAGGUGUACUGUUCAAAGGAGCAAACACAGUCUUCUCAUCUUUGGAAAUCUCCGUUUCCAGAUGUUGUUCCGUUGCAGCCAGAAGUCAGCAGUUAUCGUCGAGGGCGCAAAAAGCGUGUUCCCUACACCAAGAUACAACUAAAGGAACUGGAAAAAGAGUAUGCAGCAAGCAAGUUCAUCACCAAAGACAAGAGACGACGCAUCUCUGCCACAACCAACCUCUCAGAACGCCAAGUUACUAUUUGGUUCCAGAACCGCAGAGUGAAGGAGAAAAAGUUUGUCAGUAAAUCCAAGACUAAUAAUCACAUGCAUACUUGAUGUACGUUCCGUACUUUUUCCCUCCAGCUUAUACCCUUCCGUCCAGAAAGUCUGAUAUUUACCUCUGUCGAAAUCAUGAAUGAAGACCAUCCGUGCAGCCUCAAGCCUAA